GAGAUGCAGCUACGUCACAAAGGGCGCCGGUCUCCUGCGGGCUGGCCUCGCGGGGCGUUCGGGCUUGUGCCCCGGGCCUGCUAGCCGCACUGCUUGCCGUGCCCCGCUGUCCAGCAUGGUGGACUACUACGAGGUGCUGGGCGUGCCCCGCCAGGCCUCGUCCGAGGUCAUCAAGAAGGCGUACCGGAAGCUGGCGCUCAAGUGGCACCCCGACAAAAACCCCGAGAACAAGGAGGAAGCGGAGAGGAGAUUCAAACAAGUGGCCCAGGCGUACGAGGUGUUGUCAGACGCCAAGAAAAGGGACGUCUAUGACCGAUACGGCGAGGCAGGGGUGGACGAGGGCGGGGGCAGGGGCGGGCUCUUCGAGGACCCCUUCGAGUACGUCUUCACCUUCCGCGACCCGGCCGAGGUCUUCAGGGAGUUCUUCGGUGGCCAGGACCCAUUUUCGUUUGACUUUUUCGGAGACCCGCUUGAGAACAUUUUUGGGGGUCGGAGGAACGCCCAGGGAAGCAGAAGCAGAGGGUCCACAAACCUUUUCUCCUCCUUCAGUGAGUUUCCAAUGUUUGGGGGUGCUUUUUCUUCUUUUGAUGCAGGAUUUCCUUCCUUUGGUUCCCUGGGGAAUGGAGGCCUUUCUUCCUUCUCCAUGUCCUGUGGUAGUGGCGGGGCGGGCAACUUCACAUCUUUGUCGACUUCCACCGAAAUAGUGAAUGGCAAAAAAAUCACCACCAAGAGAAUCAUUGAGAAUGGCCAAGAAAGGGUGGAAGUGGAAGAAGACGGAGAGUUAAAGUCCCUGGUGAUCAAUGGCAAAGAGCAGUUGCUGCACAUUGCCACCAAGUAAUUCCGGUCCGCGUUCAACUUCAAGCACAUUUGAGGAAGAACAGGGCUUUUUUUUCUCUUGGAAGAUUACAAGGGAACUCUACUUUCAGAACACCUGUUCUCAAGAAUUUAUAAACAGUUCAUGCCAACGCCUUUUGUUGUUGUUGGGACCCCAGGAAUAGGACCUCUGCUCAUCUUUAAAAAAAAAAAAAAAAUUGUAAAUAUCUGGAUGCAUUUUGCUAUUUAUUAAACGUAACCCCAAGGCAGGCAGUGAGUACUCCACAGUAGUAGAAAAAAAUGUUCACCACAGCACCGGAAAUCUUGCCUUCCCAUUUUGUUUGAAAUGUAAGCCAAGUGGUUUGCUCUGAGGUUAACAUUGCCAGGAUAAAUCAUUUUACUUCAUUUUUUAGCAUGGGGUGGUAGAAGAUAUAGAUAUAUUAAUAGUAUCUCUGGCUUAAAUUAAAGAUGGUUUUUAGUUCCGUGUAAA